GAUUUUGGUCCGAAGGUGUAUGAAACUACUUCAUCUGAAUGGGUUGUUGUUGCGAUGAAGACGACGGCGACAUUCUCUGCCAUCUCAUGAAUUCCAAUUUCGCUUCUUCUUCAUCCGCCAAUAGCUUACCGCCACCCUCACCUUCUUCAACCGUAAUCUCACCGAUGAAUUCUCAUUUCUCCGCACUAUCCUCCACCGACACGCUCCAAAUCAUCUUUGAGAAGCUUCCGAUCCCCGAUCUCGCCCGUUCCAGUUGCGUCUGCCGAGUCUGGAACUCAGUCGCCUCACAAAGAGAUAUUCUAACCAGAGCUUUCCUAGCACCAUGGAAAUUGAAGGACGUGGUUGGGGAUCCGCUCUCUAGAAGCUUCUGGAGAGACAAUUCACUCGCCAAAUUCGCAAUCUCGCAUCGUGUAGUGCGAGGGGACAGUGUUGCUAGUCUCGCCGUCAAGUAUUCCGUCCAGGUUAUGGAUAUAAAACGAUUGAACAAUAUGAUGAGUGAUCACGGCAUAUACUCGAGGGAAAGGCUAUUAAUUCCUAUUAGUAACCCCGAUAUUCUUAUAAAAAGAACUUGUUUUAUUGAGCUAGAUGUUAAUGCUAAACGAGAAGUUGCAGUGUUGUACCCUGAUGAUGUACCAGACAUUAAGAGUACCUAUGUAUCAAGCAGAAUUUCCUCAGAAGAAAGCAACAAAAAGGUGCUUGAAUCAUUGAAGAGAAGCAUGCAAGUUGAUAGUGAAACUGCUCAGUACUACUGGUCUGUUUCAAAUGGCGAUCCUCGAGCUGCUCUUGCUGAAUUUUCUUCGGACCUCCAGUGGGGUAGGCAAGUAGGUCAUUCCUAGUUUUUGCCUCUUUGGAAGGUUAAAUUCAAGUCCGACCCUUUUUUGGAAUAAUCGGGUGGUUUGGUGACAGAUAAAUGGAUAAUAAAUAAUCAAGAAUUCAAGAUGUUGGGUCCGGCAAGUGUCUGCUUUAAAUCUACUAUUCUGUUAGUUUUUCUACAUUGGAGACUUGAAACUGGAAUAAGUGUGAUAUAUGUAGUUCAACUACUAUUGUGGUGAGAUUUGUUCAAAAUUUGUGUAACUUGUAAUUGUUUAUAAGUAUAUUUAUACAAGAAGACAAUGUAUUAUUUUAAAAACUGAAAUUGAAACUGUAUUUAGUACAUAGAAUUUGAUUUAGUUCACAGUUCACACUUUACAACUUCAGAGCAUUCCCAUAUUUAGUACCGAUCAGAAUAAAUUCCAAGAUUAGUGUUUAAAAAAGCAAUGUAUACCAGGAAUAUUGUUGAGUUGAGCUUUUUUCCU